AUGCGAGGCACCAUUGGCAUGGGUAUGGGUAUGGGUAUGGCGCCAGGCUUCGCGAUGUCAUAUCCGCGUCCACCGGUUCCCCAGCACUUCCAAUACCACCAACAGUACUCCACAGCUGCAAAAGAGUUUUAUGAACCGCGGCCGCAAACUCCCAUGGAGGAACAGCGGUCCGUCGAUGCCCCCCAAAGCAUGAUCGUUGAGCCAACUCCACCAAGUCAAGACCUCUCCGAGGGUAUCGACAUGGACAAGGUGCUACAGGAGGCGGACAUGAUGUCACAAGAGCCUGCGGAGGUCCUAGACGAAUCCAUCGUUGCAGACUUCGGCGAGGUGGAUGCCGACGUGGUGGAUGUGUCCACGACCAGCCCAAACGAAAAAGUUGCCUCGGAGUUAGAAACGGCGCUGCCCAAGGAUUCAAAGGACGUGGCAUUCUAUAUCCUAGACGUACAUGAGGACCUGGGAGGCCUCCUCAGGUUGUUCGGCAAGCUGCACUCAGGAGGCGGCCGGACGGAGAGCGCCAUGGUCACCGUGCGGCAGUUCAUGCGAUGCCUCUUCUUCAAGGCGCGCAUGGACCUCGAUCUCAGCGACAUGCCCGAGGCGGAGAACAGUUACGAGCGCGCUUUCAUGAAACGCUUCUUCGCCGAGUUCGAGCCCAUACGUAAAAGCUACGGAAUCAAAAAGGUCAAGUACAAACUGGUGAAGAGGACGCUGCUGAGGUACGGCCCGUCGGAGCCGGCGCUAUACGUCAAGGUCUGCUACCCGUUCAGCCAUCCACAGCUCAGGAACGAGCACUACCAGGGCACCACUUACAGCGACGUGUACGGCGCCACGACGACGCCGGCGGAACUGUUCCUGGUGAAACGGAAAAUCAAGGGACCGUCUUGGUUGCGCAUCAUAGACGCGCAAAGGUCUUCGGAAAACGUCAGCACGUGCAAACACGAGCUCGAUGUGGAGACCCACAAGAACGUGGAACUUUGGAACGCGCGAGAAUCGGAGAAUUUGCCAACGCCUACGUUAUGCGUGGCGUCCGUGUCCGUUAAGACGUUUUUCGCCUCCCAAACGAACCAGGAGGUCCUGCAAAUCGCAAUGAUAUACGACAAUGUGUUCCCCGUGGACGCGUCAGAGAUCAAGUCCCUGAACCGCUGUAACCAGUACGUUGGAAUCCGCAAGAUCAACAAGCAGCCCUGGCCGACGGAAAUGAGCGCUUUCCUGGCAAAAAGGCCGUAUUUCCGCAUUUUCGAACAGGAGAGAGGGCUGUUGGCGAAUUUCAUGAAAACGCUGGAGGUAAUUGACCCCGACGUGGUGGUAGGCCACGACAUAACGCAAAACGUGGGGGAGGUCCUCCUCAAGCGCUGCAACCUGCUCAACAUACCGCUUCGGGUGUCGUUCUCGCGCUUGAGGCUCUUGAGGAAGGCCCCGCACCCAUUCUUCGCUGGUAGGAUUUUCUGUGACACUAGGGUGCUGACCAAGGAGCUGCACCACAACCGCAGCAACUACGACCUAAGCAGCUGCGUGUCGGAUCUCGUGUACUCAUCGCAGGUCAAAGACCACUCAUUCUACACGAAAAACUCCUUCAACAUAACGGAGCUCUCGCCGUGCUUUGGUGAGGAUUCGAUGAAGAACCUGUUGGUGCUGGCACAGGCAAACUCGAAGUGCUGCCUAGACUCCUUCAACUUGUUGAUCAAGCUGCAAGCGCUGCAGCUCACCAAGGAGCUCACCAACAUCGCGGGCAAUCUGUGGUCCCGAAGUGUCCAGUGCGCGAGAUCGGAGCGUAACGAUUUCCUGCUGCUACACGAGUUCCACCGAGCGAAGUACAUCAUCGACCACAACUUCGAAAAGUACCACAAGCAUUCGUCGACAACGGCUGACAACGAGGAGGACGAGGGCGACAAGAAGAAGAAGACCUACGAGGGCGGUUUGGUGCUGGAGCCCGUGACGGGGCUGUACGACAACUUCAUCCUGCUCCUCGAUUUCAACUCUCUGUACCCGUCUAUCAUCCAGGAGUUCAACGUGUGCUUCACCACCGUGAAGUUGAACGAGGACGAAAGCGUGGAGGUGGUGUCGGAUGUGGGCGGCAUGCUGCCGCAAAUUCUUAGACGCCUGGUGGAGCUGCGUGCCUCUGUCAAGGCAGCCAUCGCGGCGGAGAAAAACGAGACGCGCAAAUCCCAACUCGGGGUGCGGCAGCUGGCGCUCAAACUGGUGGCCAACUCGCUUUACGGUUGUCUCGGAAGUGUAUACUCCCGCUUCCACGCGCGGCACAUGGCCGCCUACAUUACCCAGCAAGGCAGGAUGGUGCUCCAGGCGACACGCGAAAAGGUGGAGAAGCAAUUCGCGCUGCGAGUUAUAUACGGUGAUACCGAUUCUCUGAUGAUCGACACGAACAUACGCGACGACGGUUCUGAGAGCGCCUUCGAGGCUGCCCACCAAAUCGCCGGCACGCUCAUGGCGACGAUCAACAAGUCCCAUAAGAAGCUUGAGAUCGGCAUGGACGCCAUAUUUAGUCGGCUGCUGCUGUUGAAGAAGAAGAAGUACGCCGCGCUCAAGGUGGUGGACUACAAGAACAAGAAGUUCGCACGGGAAAUAAAGGGUCUGGAUUUCAUCAGGCGUGACUGGUCUAUUCUGACGAAGGAGGUCGGAAACGCGCUCAUUGCGAUCAUCCUGAGUGACAAGCACAACGAGAACAAGGAGCAGGGCGUGGAGAACACGGUGGAGAAGAUCCACGACACCCUCAAGGAGGUGAACAAGAGCAUAGUCGAGGGGCAGAUCCCUCCGAAAGCAUGGGUCAUCACCCGCCAGCUGGCGAAGAACCCUGAGGAGUAUGCCGCAAAUUCAAACCUGCCCCACGUGACAGUUGCGUUACGGUUGAAUGCGUCCGGUGCCAGCUUUGCCGCGGGGCACGAGGUGCCCUUCAUCAUCUGUUCCAAGGAAUCCAUCGAGAGGUACAUGAAGUCGCAAAACGCUGAAGAAGGAGAAGGCGCCGAAAGUUUAGACGCCAAACUCCGGAGCCUCUGCAACCGCGCGUACAGCCUCACGGAAUUCCAGCAGAAGCAGCUAGAAGCGGACAUACAGUACUACAAAACGCAGCAGCUGCUGCCACCUAUUAUGCGUUUAUGCGGCGUCAUUGAAGGCACAGACCCGCAGAAGCUGGCAAGCUGCCUGCAGAUAGAGGACUCGGUCAGCAGGACCAUCCUCAACACCAACUACAGCUCCUUCGACUACGGGGAGCAUGAAUCCAAGGCGAUGUCGCUCAUCAACAAGAGCGAGGAGCGCUACAAGGAGGUUGAGAUGACGACGUCAGUGCCGUGCCAGUUCUGCAACACUGCUGUCCACGCCAACUAUUUCCUGAAGCACAUGUCGUGCAGCAACUGCGGCAACUGGUUGCCGCUGCACGCAAUGCGCAACUGGAUCACCCGCACCAUCUACGAGAUAUCGAUGCAAUCGUCGUUCUGCAUUCGGAUAUGCAACAUUUGUAACACCACGACGCCGAGCGUUUGCAUUGGGGACAACGACGUCUGCCCGCAGCCUACGUGCCAGAGCCGCGACGCCAUGGAAGUAGUGCUCCCCGCGUCGAAAAUCUACCUCUACUACGAGUACCUCAUAUUCAUGACCGAGGGCGCACUCAAAAACGAGGCUGGGGGUGAACGCGAGGAGACCCUGGUGAACGUCACGGUGGACGUCAACGGAAAGAUGACCGUGCUAAACACGCAAAACCCGUUCCGCAAGGUGCGCGCGUUCCGUGACAUACUGGAACGCACCGUGCAGCUGUCUAACCUGCGCGCGACUUCGGGCUUUCGUGUCUGCGGGCAGUACAUACUGGGCAUCCUCGAGGCGCUGCCGUUUAUGCAGUACCAUACCGUCGACUACCGCGCGGAACGCGCAGAGCUCUGCAAACUGGUGAAGCAGCUGCAGAAGCGCAACGCCUACAGCGUCGUUAACCUGGGCGAGGUCUUCCGCACACUCACUGUGCGGUGA